GAGAUAAAAAUAGAAAUACUAUAUACCCAACCAAAACAGCUAACUAAUUACUCUUGACCUAGACUGAACAACACAAGCAGGUAAAGAGAAAUCCUUCUCCUCUUACAAGCAUCCUUAGGUUUCGUAAGAAUAAAUUCUCAGUAGGUGUUAUCGUCUCAGCAGAAUUGAAACCAAGCCUGUCAAAGUAGCGCACAAGAAGUGUCACCAUUGCUUCAUGUAAAUGGUGCUGACUAGAAACCUCAAGUGUCCUUGCGGUAAAGAAAGUGGGUGGAGAGAUACUUUCUGUUUCAUCAUCCUGUCCAUUACAUUCAAACGCAGUUUCCAAAUGAUGAAACACUGCCCAGUGUAGAUACUGUUAAGUCCAUCUUUCUUCAAGCAAAUGGUAGUUUAUGUGGAAUUUCUGAGAAACGAUGACAAUUCCAUAGAUGGUGUUUUGACAUUAAGGGAACAUUAAUUUGUGGUUGUCGCACAUUAACUAAUUCUUGAGUAUAUUCAGUAUUGAAAUCUCUAGUUUGUCAUUUCAAAUCGAAUGUGUGUUUAGUGUUAUACCCCAGUGGAUUAUAGACAAACUCAUCUGAAAACACAUCCUGAAAAAUUGCAUUAUCUGUGUAACAUUUACAGUAGUCUGAAGUUAAGUACAGGCUACAAGUGCAGCGCCUGUGUCGACAUCCUGCCACGUGAUUUCCUGAGAGCUGUCAAACUCUGCCACAGUCUCAGUCAGUCUAUAUGAGGACCGAUCUGACAUCUGCGUCAAAGUGAGCCACACCAACACGGAGGAACAACACAAACUACAGAUCAGCUGCCCGGGGGACAUUAUUGAUAGAAAGUUCAGGGAGAGAAAAAAAUGGAGGAGCACCACUCUGUCAACGUCACAAGCGUCUUAUCAGACGCAAGCCCUCAUUCCACCCUGUCGCUUGAGUCAUGCGAGUACUACCAGACAGAGAUAUUUGACCAGCUGCCCAGCAUCCAGGCUUGCCGGCCCGGGCGGAGCAGACAGGGUGUUUUGGGAGUCUGCGAGGCCGAGCGGGGCAGCCCUCAGCCGGGGGAGAAGCGCAGCGAUGGCCACCCGUGGACCAGAGCACCCAGGGACAAGGCGUCUCUGCAGCCACUCAGGAACCUGGCCAUGUGUAUUGAGGCGAAGCGAGGUGCCAGGGUCAGGAGACAGAUGGAAAUCAGCAAUAUUGGUUAUUGGGAGUCCUGGAGACGGAGCCAGAGCAUUAACAGGAAGAGGGUGUGGGCGCAGAUGAGAGGAUCUCUGUCAGGCAUGUUGCCGUGGAAGCGCACUCUUCGUGUCAUUGAAGGCAGGUUUGGAGUGGGCGUGAAGGCUUAUUUUGUUUUCCUCAGAUAUUUGAUUUACUUGAACCUUCUUCACUGUGCCCUUGUCUGGGGCUAUAUCCUUGGGCCCACAACAUUUUAUGGCCGGGGCAACAGCAGCAAACCUUGGAGGUUUGGAAGCAAAGACUCAUUUUUACAAUUCUUCAAUGGAUCGAGCUAUUUGAAUCAAUCUCCGGUCUUCUAUGGAUUUUAUACACGUGGUUCCUUGAAUUUUCCAUGCCUGCAUACACCCCUGCUGUACUUUGCUGGAAUCCUCACCAUCCUCUUCCUCAGUCUCGCCAUGGUGGUCCGCAGAAUGACAGUCGGCUUAAAGCACACGUGGCUGCUCGGGAAGCGCUACAGUGUGAAUGUGAGCUACAAGAUCUUCCGUGGCUGGGACUUCACCAUCCAGGACCCCGCUGCAGGGACUCUCAAACAGAGCUUCAUCAGGAAUGAUCUCAAGCUGUUCCUGGAGGAGCAGAGUUUCUCCCAGCGGGAGGCUAAGAGGACACUUGGACAGAGGGUGCGUCUCUACCUGCUCAGGUUCAUCCUGAAUGUGCUCGUUGUGUCUCUGCUGGGCGGGGCCUUCUACCUCAUCUUCUUUGCCACUGAGACGUCACUGGAAGAGUGCGGGCACGGCUGGUUUGUCAGUCUGUUCCUCCAGUAUCUUGCUCCCAUCACCAUCACCUUUGUCAACCUGGUCCUCCCUAACAUCUUCCGUAAGAUCUCGUCUUUUGAAGACUACUCCCUCACCACGCAGGUGAAUACCACGAUCGUGAGGAGCAUCUUCUUGAAGCUGGCCUCACUGGGGAUCUACUUAUAUUUCCUCUUCAAAACGACAAAGGCACUUGAGCAACAUCAGUGCAAGGAAAACCGGUUUGGCAGAGAGAUAUGCAAGCUGUCUAUUUUCAAUUUCCUCGCCAUGUUCUUCAAAACCUUUCUUUUGGAAUUCCCCAGGAAGCUGGUGCAGGAGAAGUACCCAACAUCCUUGCUGGCUCGACGGUUAGGGACACAAAGCUUCCUGAUCACUUUCAAUGUGUUGGAUCUGGUGUACAGUCAGACAGUGUCCUGGGUGGGAAUCUACUACUGCCCUCUGCUGCCUCUGAUAGGAAUCGUCACACUGGUGGCCACGUUCUACAUCAAAAAGUUCACAGUCCUGAGAUGCUGUGUCGCAGAGCAACGCAUGUUUCGAGCCACCAGUUCUUCAGUUUUAUUCCACUUCAUGUUGCUGCUCGGUCUCCUCAUGGCUGCAGCCGCCUUGGGGUUCAGCCUCCUUCAGGAAGAAGUCACCGUGGACAAAAUGUCCUCCUGCGGCCCAUUUGGAAAUGGAGAAACCUUAUAUAAUGUGACAGGAGUGUGUGUGGACAGUCUACCCAGCCUCGCACAGAGCGUUCUCCGCUACAUGGCCUCUGAGGCCUUUGCAGUGCCACUCAUACUCACUGAAAUCAUAAUCCUAACCUCCUAUGUGUCACGGGGACGAGUCAAUCAGAGGGCCAUUUUGAGACUGGAAGACAUGCUGGUUACGAGUAGUUCAGAUAAGCGUUUCCUGGUGAGACAGCACACCACAAUGCUCAGACUUCAGAGGGAACUCCGCAGGUUGCGUUCUGCAUCCUUCAGAGAGGACGCGGCGCCAUCAGUCGCUGGCAAGACGAGCCGCCCGCCUCCUCCUCCUCCAGAAAAUGAAGCCGAUUAAAGUGCCCGAGCCAUCAGGCCUUUCAGUCCACAGACUUUCACUCAAUAAUAAAGCCUGGAGCUGCCUGUAAAUAAAGAAAGAAAGUAAAAAGAC